UUUGCAAUGAAAGUAAAUAUCUUCUAUAUAUUGGUAAUUGCUGUCAUUUGCUUGACAGCUAACGCCACUGUCUAUGAGGCUGCAAACUCUGAAGACGUUGACCUCUUCCUAAAAGACUACAAGGAUGAGACCAUCGGAUUCCUCUUCUACGACUCGAAGGAAGAUAACGCUAAGGAUGAAGAUUGGUUUAGCAAACUAUCUUCAAAAGUCCUAGGAAUCUUUAUGAGUAAAGACCAAUUCGGAAGAUCUACCGAAGAUUGGGUUGAACUCUUUGAUGAUAAACUCCACCUCAUGAGAAUUGAUGUCAGAAACAAAGCAAAUCUAAGAGUUAAGGUUGAAUUCAACAUCGAGACUGUCCCCUACAUUGUUCUCAUGGAUAAGAAGAGAACCAUCUUGAGGGAGAAGAUCGACGAUCUAACAUUUGAUCAUGUCAGAAAUCUGCUUGAUAGAAGACCAAAUCUGCUACAUAAGACUGGAGGAGCUGCAUUGAAAUCUUUCAACCUCGAGCCUGAGGAAGGAGCUAUUGAUACUCAACCAAGAGUUAUUCAGUUCUUUGACUUAGAAGAGGGAUCUCCAACCAACAUUGAGCAACCAGUACAGAGACAAUAUGUCAAUUGGGCCCCGGUUGAUGCCAUUGGCCCAGAUGGUAAAUGGGAACAGAGAGGAAGAAACUGGGUUACCAGCUAUGAAAUCCCAGAAUCAGGAAUCAAGAAUCAACAAAACCCAGCCAAGGUACAUGAUGUAAAAAAAACACAAGAUGAUCCCAGACCACAGGGCUCUGAUACUCCACUCCCAAAGCCACAAAAGCCACAGCAACAACAGCAACAAAAGCCACAACAACAGCAAAAGCCACAGCCACAGCCACAGCAACAGCCACAGCAAAAGCCACAGCAACAGCAACAGCCACAACAGCAGCAACAGCCACAACAGCAGCAACAGCCACAACAGCAACAACAAAAGCCUCAACAGAGAAAACCUGGACUGCAAAAAGCCCAGGACCAACAGAGCCAAGGCCCACCUCCUCUUUCCCAAAGAGGAAUCCAGGAUAGACUAGAAGCUCAAAGAAGAAGAGAGGCUUCUGCUCAAUUCCAAGCUAGAGCCUCUGCCAGCCAGACAAGAGAUAAUGGUAGUCCUGCUAGACCUCCUUACUACUCCCAGCAAGCUUCUGCAUCAGCAGAUGUUAGUGCUGACACCAAGAACACUCAAAGAUAAGUCCUGAACGUGAGUUUAAAGGCAUUGCUAAUUAAUCAUGAGCUAUAAAUUU